AUGAGGAGACGAGUGACAUUCAUCAUACCCAAAGGUCACGAUUUUGACGAAAAAGACCUCUUGAUUUCUCAAGACAAAAUCCACAUCAAGAACUUGCAAGCUGCUCGUGAAGACCGCAUAACUUUAAGUAUAUCUCAGACUCUCCGCAUGACUAACGCUUUGAAGCGAUUUUUUUCUCAACCCUCUGUACUCUCUGAGCGAUUUGCAUCUAGCGCAAGUUUUCAGUAUUAUCAAGGCCUUCUUAGUUCUACCAGUCUAUCCAACUACAUUGAAGAAACAAUCUGCUCGAAGAAAGAUAGCGCAUGUCGUCAUGAUGCGGAGAGAAUAAAAUCUGCUGACUAUUUCGACAUCGACUAUGAUACAAUAUCACAAUCCUUCACUUUCACUGCGUACUUUGGUCGAGCUCAUCCUGUGGACGCAACAGGACAAAUUACAAAACCAUGGAACGAAUACAUAGGUGAUUUCAAUGGCUCUGUAGCAACCGAAAUUGGCAUCUUGAGCAGCCAAAAAUCUACAGAGCCCGAAGAAUUGUCCCUUGGAGGUUCGUUGGUACAACUUAGCAAAGAUACCAGAUCAAUGAGCUCGAGAAGCCUCUCGACGUUCUCCACCAAUUUUGUAAAGCCAACCGGACUGCAUCCAACUUUGCGCCUUACUUUCCCGCGGCCACUACCGCCUCCUGCGCCAACCUGUGGAUUGCUCAGCUAUCUCACGCUACCAUCAACAUUCUUCGUCGACAAGUACCAAAUUUCAUCGACCAAUUUCCUAGCAUCAAACAACCUGAAAGCGCUGCGCGCUUUAUCCGGCGAGACUGAUCUGGAAGCACCAGAGUGGGCUACUUCUCAAUGGGGCUCAGCCAUGCUACUUGAGCUUGCCCCUUCAGCAAACGCGAAGGGUGCCUGGUCGGCUGAGAUCCCGCUUCAACUUCGUUACUCAUCCUCGGACAGUUCAGGAAUCAGUAAUGAUUUACCAGGGCAAGUACAGGCCUCCGUGCCCUGGCCAGCGGUUUUCUGGGCUUGCCCUGCGGAGGAAGGUACGAAAAUGAGCGUCAACCCCUUUGAUCGAGUGAGUCUGGGCUAUGACGGCUUGUUUGGGCCAAGGACCAUGUUCUAUCACUUACGGCCUUUGAGCAAUGAUUCAUUGGUCGAAAAACUUUCUGUACCUGUGUUGGAUCUGGGAGAAACCCAAUAUGUAGCAAGUACGACUAUACUAGCAGUGAUGGCGAGCUUUCUGUGGGCUUCCUGGUUGUUGGCUCGGUCGCUGUAUAUUCGUGAAAAAUCCAGAAGUCCUACGCAAGCAAAGAAAGACAAUUAA